CCCCAACAACGCACCAAACGGAUUUGUGUGGCAAGUGUUUUACACAACCUUCAUAACAAUAUUUCUGUUUUGCCUGUUGUUGAUUAGGUAGCCAUAUUUUGAAUGGGAUCGUAGAGGAGAUCACGAUGUCCCGAAGAAGAUGUGAACAGGCUAGGUGAAAAACCCACGACCUGUUUCCAAAGAAUUCUCCAUGAGGAUGUUCAGAUGUCCAGGAUGAGUCAAAAGGAAGAGCUGCAGAAGAUGCAGGCCAGCACAGUUCUUUUUGACCCAGAUAGAGUUAAGAAGGAAGAUGAAGCCAUGACUUUUGGCCAGACAGAAGAUAAUGGAGGCAAGAGUUAUGUGUCUGAGGUGAAAGAUGAGGACCACCAAUGGAAACCUGAGGAAGGAACAGCUGAAGGGAAUGUAUGCAACAAUGUUGGGCAGAGAGAAUCUGUGAAAGGCUCCCAAGAACUGUGCAGGCAUCAGGAUAACUCUCUGGAAAAGACUGCAGCUGAAUCCAUUUCUUCCCGGGGAAGUGAAAUCACAGGCCAGGAGGGACUCUGUGGACAGGAACAGAAGAGUUCGGUAUGCAGCAAAGUUCAGGCUGAGGAGGCAAUAUACCAAUGCUUAUACUGUAAGAAAUCCUUCAAUGCCCACUUUAAAUUAAUUAGGCAUCACAGAAUCCACACUGGAGAGAAACCAUACAAGUGUUUGGAUUGCGGCAAGAGCUUUGACCAAAAAGGCAACCUCAUUGCGCACGCAAGGAUCCACACAGGGGAAAAACCGUUUGUGUGCCCCGACUGUGGGAAAAACUUUAGCCACAAAGGGAGCCUUAUUUUGCAUGUGAGGACCCACACGGGAGAGAAGCCGUACAAAUGCCUAGACUGCGGGAAAAGGUUCAGCAGGUCUGGGUCUCUGAAAGAACACGAGAAAACCCACACCGGCGAGAGACCGUACGCUUGCUUGGACUGCGGGCGAAGUUUCAGGAAGAACUCUGAGCUUGCCACGCAUUACAGGUUUCACACGGGAGAGAAGCCGUAUAAAUGUUCAGGCUGCGAGAAAUCCUUCAGUACCAGCUCUAACCUUAUUGCUCAUCAGAGGACUCACACUGGGGAGAAGCCGUACAAGUGCUCCGACUGCGGGAAAAGGUUCAGCCAGGCUGGAAACCUGAAAGAACAUGAGAGGACUCACACCGGAGAGAAGCCGUACAAGUGCCCGGACUGUGGGAAAAGCUUCAGGCAAAUUUCUUACUUUAUGAAGCACCACCAGACUCAUCUGCCAGAGGGGAAAAUGCCGAUGGAGGAGAAACCGUACAAAUGCUCUGAUUGUGGGAAAGGCUUUGGAGAGAAAGCAAGCCUUGGUAGACAUGAAAGGAUUCACACAGGAGAGAAGCCAUUUAAAUGCUCAGAUUGUGGGAAAAGCUUCUGCCUCAAAUCGAACCUUGUUGUCCACGUGAGAAUCCACACAGGGGAGAAGCCGUACAGAUGCUCUGAGUGCGGAAAGAGCUUCAACCAGACUUCAAGUCUUCACAAUCACGAGAGAACCCAUAAGGGUGAGGAACCUUAUAAAUGUUUAGAAUGUGGGAAAAGCUUCAACAGGCCAUCGCAGCUGAAAACGCACGAGAGGAUCCACACCGGAGAGAAACCGUUUAAGUGUUCAGAAUGCGGGAAAGGCUUUGUUUACAGCCAUCACCUCGUUAGACACCAGAGGAAUCACACCGAAGAGAAACCUUACAUAUGCUCAAAGUGUGGAAAGGGGUUUAGUCACAAAUCCACCCUUAUUAGACAUCAGGGGAUCCACAGAGAAGGGAAAAAAUAGAUAGGGCUUUGGCUUUGCAUCCAGUGCGUGUGUGAAAACCCAUGCAGAAGUCAGAACUACGACCGUAAUAGGUCUGAAUUGGAAGACAGUCUUUCACACGGGCCAGAGGACCGGACUAGGCAGAUGUUUUGUCAGAUCCAGGAGGACCCUCCACAUGUUCUUCAUCGCAGUGGUUAGAUACGGACAACCAGGAGAAACCUUGAUCUUUGAAGAAGAUACCAUACCAAGUCCCCUCUUUCCAGCAUUCAGGCUCAACAGUACUCUUGAACAUGCAGCUGUGGUAGCACCACCCAUGUGGAAGAAGGAGGAAGUUGAGCUUGGGAGAAGAUCACUGUUUGAAGAAGGACAGAAAUCUCCUUGGAGGGGGAGGGAUAUCCAGAAGUGGGAAAAUCCCACCCCCGAAAUAGAGAACUAAGCAUGCUUGGUGACUAUUGGAGAAGGCUGGGGAAUUCUGGGAGUUGAAGUCCACACAUCUUCAAGUUGCCCAGGUUGAGAAACGCCGGUAUAGAGAAUUGAGCACAGAGAGAAGAUAAAAAGGAGUAAAGGACAACAUGCAUCAGCACAACUGUUUCGGGUCGCACAUGCGUUAGUUUUUCUUUCAAGCCUUGUUUCUUUAAUUGUCUUCACUGAUACGCUUGUGGGUCUGGGUUUUUUAGCUGUAUUCGGAAAAUCUAUGAAGGAAACCAAACUACCGUUCUAAAUCUGUAUUUGAUCAUUCCAGUGAGGGAUGACAGUUCCCCCCAACCUUGGAGCGCCUCCUGAUGGCCCGACCAUGGCUGAGAAUUGUGGGCGCUGGGAGUCCACACGUCUGGAAGGUGCCAAGAUUGGGGAAGACUGACCUACAGUUCAUUCAGAGGGUCCAGCACGAUGAAUGAAACAGAACAGCUCUUUAAAUCAAAGAAGCUGCAUUAAGUUGAAGAUAUUUAGGGUAGUGUGGCGCCUUCUGACUUAGGGCAGCUUUUUCGGGGGCUGGACAAUGUCUUAAUUAUUGUGGUGUCUUUGAGUAGUCUUUCUCAGUUGGCUUGUUUGUGUGGUAUGCACAAGCUUUUGGAGGUCUGUGUUUACAUGCUUCUGUGUGGUCAUCCUUUGUGCAUGCUUCUUAAUGUGUGGGGGUGAGCAUGCAUAUGCUUCUCCGUAUGUGCAUGUGCCCAAUUCUGUGUGUGUGUUUUAUCCAGAGUGCGUAUUAAACUUAAAUAAAGAUUGCAUUAAAUCAU